AUACUCUGAGAGGCUGUUAAUGGCACCAUGUUUUCGGGAGUUUCUGCUUUAGUCAGAUAAGGGAAGUUUCAUUAAGAUUUCUUUCUACCUCUUCUGUAGCUCAAUGUUUUCACUUAAAAACGAUAUGUCAACUCUGGGGGUCAAAGUGUGUCCCCACGGUGGAAAAGUUCUUGUCCCAAUCUCUACAGGGAGGAACUGAUCGGAAAUCUGGGGAUACGUCUUAGCAUGCCCAUCGUGACUGAGGUAUAAGCAGUGGUUCAGGGCACGGAGUUAGCGAUUCUAGGUGAGCAAGACCAUGUCAAGAAGUGGUUCGUCCAGAAGUUCGUGAGAAGACAGAAACGAGGGAGAGUGACAAUCGUUCUUUAAGAGGGCACGGUGGUGGAGGAGAAAGUUGCACAUCGGUCCUGUACCGGGCAGACCACGAUCUGGGGCUUGGGGACGCGAUCUGGGGAACCUCGGUGGCAUCUGAGCUCCGCUUGAUGCCAGUGCGUGUUUGUGCAAGUUACUUCCUCAAGUUCAGGGUGAGGAUAAUAAUAUCUACCGUGUGGUGUUGCUGGGAAGAUUUACUACCAACGGAGGCAGAGCGCAGGGCUCGCAGGAAGCGCUCGCUAGGGUCUGCUCUUUCCGGGAAUGGGUGGGGUGCGCACUCCUCAACAGGGCUCCCAAGACUUGCGUCACACGCCUCAGUCGGCUGGCUUAUAAAACACCGGCCAGAGCCCCAAGAUCGCUUUUAGUUUCUCUUCUUUCUAAAGAAGCCACGCGGAGCCCGGCUGGGGAACCUCACCCUCGCCGAGCCUAGAACCGAGAGCGGCCACCCCAGGCGGUCACCAGCGGAUUUGCCCGCGCGUUCUCUUUCUUUCCACCCAGUUGCCCUUGCGGCCGGCUGUAAACCUGCCACUAGGACCCGGUCGGUGAGAUCUAGCCUCUUGACCUGAGAGCGGAGAGUGGAUCGCUGGGCUGGACUAACGGCGACGAAGAGCGCGCCCUCGCUGACUCCGGGCGCGCCCAGCAGGAGCACCGCCCGCGCCCGCCCCUGUACACUUGUAAGUUUCGAUUUCCGCGGAACCGAGUCCCGCGCCGCGGCAGAGCCAGCACAGCCAGCGCGCCAUGGCGGACCCGGAGGUGUGCUGCUUCAUCACCAAAAUCCUGUGCGCCCACGGGGGCCGCAUGGCCCUGGACGCGCUGCUCGAGGAGAUCGCGCUGUCUGAGCCGCAGCUCUGUGAGGUGCUGCAGGUAGCCGGGCCCGACCGCUUUGUGGUGUUGGAAACCGGCGGCGAGGCCGGGAUCACCCGAUCGGUGGUGGCCACCACUCGAGCCCGGGUCUGCCGUCGCAAGUACUGCCAGAGACCCUGCGAUAACCUGCAUCUCUGCAAGCUCAACUUGCUGGGCCGGUGCAACUAUUCUCAGUCGGAGAGGAAUUUAUGCAAAUAUUCUCAUGAGGUGCUCUCAGAAGAGAACUUCAGAGUCCUGAAAAACCACGAACUCUCUGGACUUAACAAAGAGGAAUUAGCAGUGCUCCUCCUCCAAAGUGAUCCUUUUUUUAUGCCUGAGAUAUGCAAAAGUUAUAAGGGAGAGGGUCGGCAGCAGAUUUGUAACCAGCAGCCACCGUGUUCAAGACUCCACAUCUGUGACCACUUCACCCGAGGCAACUGUCGUUUUCCCAACUGCCUCCGGUCCCAUAACCUGAUGGACAGAAAGGUGCUGGCCAUUAUGAGAGAGCACGGGCUGAACCCCGACGUGGUGCAGAAUAUCCAGGACAUCUGCAACAGCAAGCAUAUGCAGAAGAAUCCCCCGGGACCCAGAGCUCCUUCCUCGCAUCGUAGAAACAUGGCAUAUAGGGCUAGAAGCAAAAGUAGAGAUCGGUUCUUUCAGGGCAGCCAAGAAUUUCUUGCGUCUGCUUCAGCGUCUGCUGAGAGGUCCUGCACGCCUAGUCCAGAUCCGAGCGGCCACAGGGCUUCCCUGGAGGACACGCCUGUGGAUGAUCUCACCCACAAGUUCACGAAUCUGGGGAGUCAGGAUCGCGCUCGGCCUCCCUUAAGCUCGUCCAAGGCUACCGAUCUCGGAGGAACAAGUCAGGCCGGAGCAAGCCGGAGGUUUUUAGAGAACGGCAGUCAAGAGGACCCCUUGCAUGGAAGUCCGGGCAACACUUACCUUGCUUCCAAUUCAACACCAGCCCCCAAGUGGAAGAGCCCCACAUCCUGGACGAAUGACCAAGGCGCCAGGAGAAAGACUGUGUUUCCUGCCACGCUACCUGCCACCCUCUCUUCUCUCGGCUCUCUGCAAACGCCUGAAGCUGUGACCACCAGAAAGGACGCAGGCUUGCUUUCCUCAGACUACAGGAACAUCAACGGCAAAAGUGGAACUCAGGAUGUCCAGCCUGGCCCUCUUUUUAAUAAUAACGCUGAUGGAGUGGCCACAGAUAUAACUUCUACCAGAUCCUUAAAUUACAAAAGCACAAGCAGCAGUCAGAGAGAAAUAUCAACACCUAGGACUCAGGAUGCUGGGCCUGCUUCCCGGGAUGUUCAGGCCACUGGCAGAAUCACAGAUGAUGCUGGCCCAAGAGUGGCACCUGUUAAUGGUAAAUACAAAGGGAAGAAACUUGGGGCUAGUACAUUUGUUCACGAUACACCAAAUGGCUCUAGUCAAGUGGCGGAUAAAACUACUGAUGUAGAAAAAACUGGUGCCACUGGUUUUGGCUUAACAAUGGCAGUCAUGGGGGAGAAAGAUAAGUUACGUUCUGGAAGUCAGAGUCUGAGGAGCCUGGUCCCCACCACACCUGGGGAAUCCACUGCCCCCGCGCAAGUCAGCGCUCUGCCUCAGUCACCUGCUGCCCUUUCCGCAAGCAACAGAGCUGCAGUAUGGAGGGCCCAGGGGCAGAACUGCACCCAGGUUCCUGUCUCCCCUGCCAGUGAGCUCACAAGGAAGACAACAGGCUCUGCUCAGUAUUCUUUAUCUGAUGUCACAAGGACCACAUCUUCUAGGGUGGAUGAUCAUGGCUCACAGGAAAUUUGUCUUGACCAUCUGUAUAAGGGUUGUCCAUUUAAUGGUAGCUGCAGCAAAGUCCACUUCCAUCUGCCUUACCGGUGGCAGAUGCUUAUUGGUAAAACCUGGACAGACUUCAACCACAUGGAGAUGAUCGAGGAAGCCUACUCUGACCCCAGAAUCCACGUCUGUUCUGUAGGAAGUUAUACAAUCAAUUUUCGGGAAAUGAGUUGUUGUGAUUUCAUUCCUGUCCGACGCCUCUCCACUCCUUCUUCUGUCACCAACCCAGCCAAUUCUGUCUUCACCACCACAUGGAUUUGGUAUUGGAAGAAUGAAUCUGGCACAUGGAUUCAGUAUGGAGAAGAGAAAGACAAUCAGAAGAAUUCAAACAUCGACUCUUUAUACCUGGAGUCUCUCUAUCAAUCCUGUCCGAGGGGAGUUGUGCAAUUUCAGGCGGGCUCACAGAACUAUGAGCUGAGUUUCCAAGGGAUGAUUCAGACAAACAAAGUUUCCAAAACUCAAAAGGAUGUCAUCAGAAGACCAAAAUUUGUGUCUCCGUGGGAUGUGCAGCAGAUGAAGAGAGGGCCAGACCGUCAGCCAGCACAGACCUCGUCAGUGUCUUUAACUGCGACCUUUCUUCCUCAGGAGGACCUUUGCUUCCUAUCCUCAAAGAAAUAUAAGUUGUCAGAGAUCCAUCAUCCACAUCCGGAAUAUGUCAAAGUAAGUGAGCAUUUUAAAGCUUCCAUGAAGAAUUUCAAGAUUGAAAAGAUAAAGAAGAUCGAGAACCCAGAGCUCCUGGAUAAAUUUACACGGAAGAAAUCACAGAUGAAGGAAGAAGGAAGCCUCCUAUUUUAUGCGACAAAGCAUGCCUAUGUGGAAUCUAUCUGUGCGAAUAAUUUUGACUGGACCCUGCAUGAAACUCAUGAAACCAAAUAUGGAAAAGGAAGUUACUUUGCAAAAGAUGCCAUCUAUUCCCACAAAAAUUGCCCAUAUGAUGCCAAAAACAUCGUUAUGUUUGUAGCCCGAGUUCUGGUUGGAAAUUUUAUUGAAGGAAAUGUGUCGUACACGAGCCCUCCUCAGCGGUACAACAGCUGUGUGGAUACCAGGUUGAAUCCCUCCGUUUUUGUCAUCUUUCAGAAAGAUCAGAUUUACCCACAAUAUGUGAUUGAAUAUAGUGAUGCAGACAAAGCCUGCGUGAUUAGUUAGAACCGAUGAAUACAGCGUCAGAAGGAUGCCAUUACCAUUCUGUUCCCUUACAGAACUAAAUUGCCCCAGACAGAAGUUAAAGUUUUAUAUUUUCCUGCCCAGUUAUCUAAUGCCUUAGAUCAGCGGUCCCCAAACUUCGCUACACAUUUGAAUCAUCUGGGAAGUUUUAAACAAAUUCUGACGCCCAGGUUGCACCCCAUGCCAAUGAAAUCAUUUCUGGGCUUCAGCAACAGGCAGUUGUAUUUUUUUUUUUUUUUUGGAGAUGGAGUCUCACUCCAUCGCCCAGGCUGGAGUGCUGUGCCGCGAUCUCGGCUCACUGCAACCUCUGCCUCCCGGAUUCAAGCAAUUCUCCUGCCUCAGCCUCCCGAGUAGCUGGAACUACAGACACGCACUGCCACGCCCAGCUAAUUUUUUGUAAUUUUUUUAGUAGAGACAGGAAUUCACUGUGUUGCCCAGGCUGGUCUCAAACUCCUGAGCUUAGUCAACCUGCCCGCCUUGGCCUCCCAAAGUGUUAGGAUUACAGGCGUGAGCCACCACGCCCGGCUGGCAGUCGUAUUUUUUAAUGUCCUUCUGAUGAUUCCAAUGUGUUGGAAAAUUUAUCUUGUCUCAGAUGUAACUGGUAAAGUUUGGUUUCUAAAUUUUCUGUAAUUGCAGCAACCUUUCCCUCCUGUCUACCCUUUUAGUUUACUGUAUGCCAUGGUUUUGUUUUGGUUACAUUGAAAGAAAGUUGGCUGGGCGCGGUGGCUCAAGCCUAUAAUCCCAGCACUUUGGGAGGCCGAGACAGGCGGAUCACGAGGUCAGGAGAUUGAGACCAUCCUAGC